GACGGUCGCGGCGCGGCGGGCUGGAGAUCCACAGCAGAGACACGCAGCGCCUGCAGGAGCCCGGAGCGGGGCGGCAUGAAGCUGUGAAGGCUGCGGAGCGGGAGCUGCCGGCCCAAACUCAACCCAGUCCUCAUUUCAACCGCAUCUGAGAGCUUUUCUUCCCGACAUGGAGACGAGCGCAGGCUGGCGGCUGGCUGCCCUCUUCAUCCUCCUCUGCCUGCUAGCGGAGGUCGUGCAGGGAGGAUAUGAAUCCAGGAGUCAGCGUAAAUUCUCUGAGGACAUCGACUGGUCGUACGCAGGAACUCUAGACCAAAACAACUGGGCCAAGAAGUUUCCGUCCUGCAGCAACGCCAAGCAGUCACCCAUCAACAUCGAGGAGGACCUGGCCCAGGUCAAACUGCAGUACCAGAGGCUCCAGUUCGACGGCUGGGAGGAGCCGACAUCUGAUGCCACCAUCAAGAAUGACGGGAAGACGGUGGCGGUGAACAUAGCCGGAGACUUCUACAUCAGUGGAGGGGGCCUGAGGUCAAAGUUCAAGGUGGGGCGCAUCACCUUCCACUGGGGGCGCUGCAACGCCUCGUCGGAGGGCUCCGAACACAGCCUGGACGGCGUCAAGUUCCCUCUGGAGAUGCAGAUCUACUGUUACGAAGCUUCUCGCUUUGACUCGUUAGAUGAAGCCAUCAAGGAAGGCGGCAGGAUCACCGCCCUCGCCGUGUUGUUUGAGACGAGCAUCGAGGACAACGACAACUACAUGGCCAUCAUAGACGCCAUCAACACCGUCAGCAGAUUUGGUAAGAGCGGUGAGGUGGAGGCCUUCAGCCUGCAGGGGCUCCUGCCAAACUCCACCGACAAAUAUUUCAUCUACAACGGCUCUCUGACCACGCCGCCGUGCACCGAGACCGUCCAGUGGAUCAUCUUCAAGGACACGGCGCUCAUCUCCGACUCGCAGCUGGAGGUCUUCUGCGAGGUGAUGACCAUGCAACAGGCCGGCUACGUCAUGCUGAUGGACUACCUGCAGAACAACUACCGGGAGCAGCAGGAGCAGUUCAUGGGCCAGGUGUUCUCCUCCUACACCGGCACCGAGGAGGUGCUCACCCCCGUCUGCAGCUCGGAGCCGGAGAACGUGCAGGCCGCCCCGCACAACCUGAGCAGCCUGCUGGUGAUGUGGGAGAGGCCGAGGGCCGUGUACGACUCCAGCAUCGAGAAAUACUCCGUCACGUACCGGCUGGCCGACGCCGAGGAGCGGCCCGGCACGUACCUGACCGACGGAGACCAGGACGUGGGGGCAAUCCUGCAGGACCUGUCGGCCAACACCAGCUACGUGGUCCAGGUGGUGGCGGUCUGCACCAACGGUCUGUACGGACGCAUGAGCGACCAGCUGAGGGUCGACAUGCCCGUCGACGACCCCGAAAAUGCAUUGGAUCCAGAUCCAAAUGAAUUUUAUGACGAACAGGACGAAUACGACCCGACUCCGGCCUGGGACGGACCGGUCUCAACCGAGGAGGACGAUGACCCGCUCUGGACACCCACAGACACACCGAGAAACACGACGCCCAGUUUAGCAGUUUUGCCUUUGCCCGAUAUCAGAACCACAACAGAGUCGGGUCGCACGACAACCACUGACCCGCUUCCCCCGGCCAGACCCGCUCCCUCUGAUCGAGCUCAGACCGCCUCUAAAGAAAAGGCGUUCCAUAGUACUACCAGUCCCCCGCCAGAGCCCACCAUGUCAUCAGGAACCAGAGGAGACUCAAGUAGCGACGGUGACCUCAGCGGCGGUGCUUCGAUAUAUUCCACAACAUCAUCCGAGGGCGUCUUUAGCAGCGGCACUCCGAUGUACAUGACUCCAAAGACAGAAAUCAUCCUCAGUAGCAGUAUUCCAACAUACUCUCCAACAUACCCUACAGAAACCCAGGGCGACUCCAGUACUACGAUAGGCAUUCUCGGUAAAAUCACCCCCACAUCCAGCACUGAGGCAACCACAGUGGCGUCCACUGACAUGAGCAGCACGUCGUCAUCGUCCUUCAUCUGGGCCGAGGUCGACCGAGGCGUGGCGCGUCCCGUAAACGAAGUCGCGAGCAACAAAAGUGAGCCCACCGAAUCCGGGGGUUUUCCAGAGAGUGUAGCAGAAACGACCUCCUACCCUUCAUCCUCUCAGGAAGCCCCGCAUCCGCCUACGACUCCCAGCCUGCCUCUGUUUUUGUCUCCCACCACAACCACCACCACCACUGCCGCCGCCGCCACCACCGCCUCUGUCCCGUUCAGUGGCAUACUCUUGCAGACCACGUACCACCCGGCGUCCAACGACACAGUGUCCCAUGUCAAGGAGCCCUCCAAGUCUGCCCUCCAUACCCUGGCCCCUUCCUCACCUGCAGUCUCCCCCAUCACCCCCACCCCAGACGGACAGGUGUUAGACAAUAGCAGCAGUGCCUCCGGCUCAGCCCUCUUCGCUGAGUCGCAGGAGGGGAUAGAUCAGGAUCAAAUGUCGGCCUCUGGAGAGAGCGUGCUGUCUUACUCCACCGAGGUCGCUCCCACCAUUCCCCCGUCCCCGGCCUCGGAGUCCGGAAUGUCCCCGGACGACUCGGACGAUCGCUCCUCUGCCUUUUAUUUUGAAAGUGAGAGCGGCAGCGCCAUCACCACAGAGGUAGGAAGCACAGCAUCAUCAACUGUAUCCGCGGUAACCACGCCGUCACCCUGGUCGCUGGGCAGGGACGAAGAGAGCGGCUCAGGGCAGAGCGAAAGCCUGUCCGACAACGAGACGUCGUCCGACUUCAGUAUCUCCGAGCGCACAGAGAGAGAGUCGGAGGAGGAGCCAGUCGCAGAUGCCAGUAACAGCAGUCAUGAGUCCAGGGUUGGUUUGGACCGGGAGAGGAAGGCCGUGGUUCCCCUGGCCGUCGUCUCCACCCUCACCUUCCUCGGCCUCGUCGUCCUCAUCGGCAUCCUCAUCUACUGGAGGAACUGUUUCCAGACCGCACACUUCUACAUCGAAGACAGCACGUCGCCCCGAGUGAUCGCCGCGCCGUCCACUGCUGCUCUGCCAACUGAAAGGCGCACAGUCAGCAGCCCUGCUCAUGCCGUCUGUCCUGCUGUCCUGCCAGACGAGCACCAGGCCGUCCCGCUGAAGGACUUCCUGCCCCACGUGGCCGAGCUGCACCGCACACACGCCUUCUCCCGCCACUUCCAGAUACUGAAGGAGAGUUACGAGGAGGUGCAGGCGUGUAAGGUGGAUAUAGGCAUGACGACGGACAGCUCCAACCAUCCCGACAACAAGAGUAAAAACAGAUACAUCAACAUCCUGGCAUAUGAUCACAGCCGAGUCCGCCUGUCGCCUCAGUCCAGCAGAGACGGGAAGACGGGAGAUUACAUCAACGCAAAUUAUGUCGAUGGCUACAACAAGCCGAGGUGCUACAUCGCGGCUCAGGGGCCUCUGAAGUCGAGCACCGAGGACUUCUGGAGGAUGGUGUGGGAGCAGAACGUCGGCGUCAUCGUCAUGAUCACCAACCUGGUGGAGAAAGGCCGAAGGAAGUGUGACCAGUACUGGCCGACGGAGAGCCAGGAGGAGUACGGCAGCUUCCUGGUGACGGUGAAGAGCAGCCGGGUGCUCGCCCACUACACCCAGAGGACCCUGAGCCUCAGGAACAGCCACGCCAAGAAGGGCUCUCAGAAGGGGCGGAGCAACGAGCGGACCAUCACCCAGUUCCACUACACCCAGUGGCCCGACAUGGGCGUGCCUGAGUUCGCCCUGCCCCUGCUCACCUUCGUCCGCAAGUCGUCCAGAGCGCAGGUGGACAGCAUGGGGCCCAUGGUGGUGCACUGCAGCGCCGGCGUGGGCCGGACGGGGACCUACAUCGUGCUGGACAGCAUGCUGAAGCAGAUGAGGGACGAAGGCGCCGUCAACAUCAUGGGCUUCCUCAAACACAUCCGCACGCAGAGGAACUACCUGGUCCAGACAGAGGAGCAGUAUGUUUUUAUCCACGACGCCCUGGCCGAGGCGGUGGCGUGCAGGGAGACCGAGGUGGCGUCCGCUCAGCUGCACAAGUACGUGGACGAGCUGCUGACGCCCGGCGCCGGCGGCACGACUCACCUGGAGAGGCAGUUCCAGCUGGUCCUGCAGUCCAGCGCCAAGCAGAGCGACUUCUCUGCAGUUCUGAGAGACGGAAACCACAGCAAGAACAGGAGCGCCGCCCUGCUGCCUGUCGAGAGGUCGCGAGUGCGUCUGACGGUGGCGGCGGGGGACACGUCGGACUACAUCAACGCAUCGUACAUCACAGGCUACCGGCACAGUAGCGAGUUCAUCAUUACCCAGAAUCCUUUGCCCAACACCAUAAAGGACUUCUGGAGGAUGAUAUGGGACCACAACGCCCAGGUCAUCGUGUCCCUGUGCGGGACGUCCGGAGCAGAGGGAACGUGUCAGGCGGACGAGACGGACUCCUGCGUCUUCUGGCCCCGGAGAGGAGAGUCCCUGAGCUGCGAGGCGUUCACUGUCACCCAGCGCUGUGAGACGCACCUGUGCCUGGCCAACGAGGAGAUGCUGGUGGUCCAGGACUACGUGCUGCAGGCCACACAGGACGACUUCGUCCUGGAGGUGAAGCACUUCCGCGCCCCCCGCUGGCCGAACCCCGACAGUCCCAUCAGCAACAGCCUGGAGCUGCCGGGCCUGGUGACGCAGGAGAGCCGCAGCAAGGAGGGACCGACCGUCGUCCACGACGACGUGGGCGGAGUCACGGCGGGGACGUUCUGCGCUCUGACGUCUCUGACGCAGCAGCUGGAGGCCGAGGGCUCGCUCGACGUCUUCCAGGUGGCCACCAUGACCAACCUGAUGAGGCCCGCCGUCUUCACCGACAUCGAUCAGUUCCAGUUCCUGUACAAAGCCAUGCUGAGUCUCGUCGGGACUCAGGAGGACGAGAAGACGCUUCAGUCCUCCGACAACAACGGCACCAUCGUGGUGGGAACCGCCAGCGCCGCCGAGAGCCUCGAGUCUCUGGUGUAGCCGCCAAAAAAAAACGAACCCCCGACCAGCUCCCGGGACCUCCACCUGACCGCCUUCCUGCUCCACGACGGCGCCUCGCCUCCAGGCGCUCCUCGGCUGGACUCCUGCCGGCUUCACGCCCACGCAAACACAAAUCAGAUCCUCCUUAUUUUUCGGAGACGUUUUUCAAGGUGCCGCCCGGUCGCCGCCGCAGGGAGAGGCGACCCCGAGCUUCCCGACGGUGGCGGCGGCGUCCGAGCGUCGCGGUCUGAGGCCGGCGAGCUCGGCGGACGCUGCAUUAAUGUUGUAAUGUGUGCCUUUUUGUAUUUUUCAUCCUGUACUUCUAACAAGUUUGAUAAGACUGUAGACUAACUCUCCAACGAUUUUAAUGUUGUACUGCCACCCUGAGGUCUCUGCUCCACUAACAACCUUUUCCUAAAACCUUUGUAUUUAUUGGCCAAAAAGCCAAAAUGAGAAAAAGGGAACUUUUUACAUGAAAUGACAUAUUUUGUUAGCUUGUCUUUUGUAGAGCUCGUGCACUGAACUCCUUCCUGUAAAUACCACCGCGACGGUAGCAGCAGCUAUUGAAGUCAAAUAUGAAUAAGGGCCUGGAAUAAUAAUAAUAAUCUAAUGUAAAUAAUAUUAUAGUAAUCAACUUGAUGGACCAAAUUUCUAUUUAUACUUCUAGAUUUUUAUAUUUUACCAUUUUUAGUGCAUUCAAAUGUAUGGUUUAAUUCUAAUUGCUUAGUUGGGAAAAAAAAAAUGUUAAGGUUUUUUUAUUCUGGAUUUUGUAACAGACUAAAUGUGAUGCAUGGGGUACUGACAUCUGUUUUUUUUUUUUGUUUGUUUGUUUGUUUGUUUUUUGUUUUUUUGUUUUUAGCUGGACAUGAAACACUGCUGGAUUAUUAGCUAGGGGAUUAAAUAAGUGAAACAAACCAAGGACAGAGGCUUUUGGAGUGGUUUGUGACUUUGUGUGCAGACGUCUUUAUGGUUUGUUU